CAUGCCCCCGCACCGCGACUCCUGCCUGCGUGGCUGUGCAGCGGAGGAUCGGGGCUUCGGGCUCCCACCGGCGACUGACAGAGGCUCGGACGGGUGGCUCCUCUGGGCCUGGGAGGCCGCGUGGCGAAGCCCCCCGAGGCCUGGAAGACCAGCCGCCCCCUCCCCACGGUGAUGGCAGGGUGGGAAGCCGGGGCCGUGAGGAAGGCCAGCCGCGGCCAGCGCCGCCGCCUCGGCCCGGCCCACCGUCCCCGUGGCAGGUGUGCGCGGAGGCCGCGCGAGGCCUGCUGCUCGCGGUGAGGCAGGCGCGCCCGAUGCUGCAGGCCUGCGGCCCCCGGCCGUGCGGCUGGGGCGGCCCGCACGAGUCCGCGGAGCUCGCCGAGGAGCCGGAGAAGCAGGUGCUCCGGCGGCGGGUACAACGGGGAGGGGGCACCUGGAGGUGCUUCUGAGAGGCAGGGCGCCGUCCCAUCGACUCGCCCCGCUUCCCGUGCGGGCCUGCAGGUGUCGCCCGACGGCGAGGUCACGUACGAGUGGAGCGGAGUGCUGGCCCGGCGAAGGCUCGGCGCAGAAUCAGCCGCGGGUCCGUGAGGCGAGACGCCACUUGAAUGCUUGUUCCGGGGGCGGGG